AUGGCAUUACUGGUACUCUUAGGUUUACUUGGAACGCUAAGCAGUAUACUGUGUAAUGAACAGGAACUAAGAUCUGAUCUCUUCAACACCACUAGGCACAACCCGUUAGCAUUACCUAGGGACUCUUCUGAGCCUAUAAAUGUCACGCUGUCGUGGGUCACGGGGUUUGUUGUUGGAUUGGAUGAAAUUGAUGGAAAAUUCACAAUCAUGGGAAAUUUAGAAAUGAGCUGGAGAGACGAACUAAUGAGGUGGAAUAAAGAGAAGUACAAUGUCAGCUCUAUUGUAGUUAUCGGUAAAGAAGCCUGGACCCCUCCUAUUUAUGUUCUUAACAAAAUGGAUUCAGGUUUCCUGAGCAACGGCUUAAAAGAUGAUUUAUUGAGAAUUCAGCACACAGGAGAAGUAAGUUGUACUCACGCCGGGGAAAUGGCAGUCUCCUGUCCUCUAGACCCCAAAGAUUUCCCCUUCGAUGUACAAAGCUGUGUCAUGAUGUUUGGUCUAACAGUACACUCUUCCUUGGAGGUUCGAUUAAAGUUUUCAGACACCCCAAUACAAUCUGUAACGGGGGCAGGCAUUAUGACCGUUGACCAUCCGAUCUGGACCAUCACCGGCUUCAGGACCACGGCCCCAGAGUAUUUGAACAUUGCUUCCAUUAAGUUCUGCUUGUUUAGAAAGUCACUAUAUUAUACUUUUACCAUGUUCGGUCCUUCUGCUUUGCUGAAUUGUUUGACAAUAUUUGCGUUCCUCAUCCCAAAUGACCAAGGAGAGAAGAUCUCCUGUGGAAUGACCAUAUUCUUGGCUUUUGUUGUGUUUCUUGUACAAGUUGGAGACAUCAUUCCGAAAAACUCGAACGCAGUACCAGUGCUAGGUAAAUAUUAUCUAUAUUCCAUAAUCGGAAGUGCAAUUAUGGUGAUCAACACCGUGAUUCACUCGUUUAUUGCCAAUAAACGAUUAACAAAUGGCGAAAUCAAAGUUGAACCCAUGAACAACGACUUGGAAAAACCGUCGACGUUUGAUAUGUAUGAUGACACUAUCUCUGUAUCAAGUAAUGGAAUCACUGGAAAAAAGAACGCUCUGGUCAAGUUUCUGAAAAAGUAUGGACUGAAAAUAUUAGAUGUCAUUUGCUUUCUCACAUCCGUGCUCCUCAUUGGGAUUUCUGUGUGUAUGUUAUUAACAACAAAGAGUAAAUGUGAUUCUGUUUAACCUUUUCUACUUAUUUUGAGAAACGUUUGAUAAAUAUACCUUGCAAAAGUUCAGAAAUGAUUUUAAAAUAAAAUAAGAUAUUUUUAAA